AUGCGCCUUUCUUCUCCUGCCAUUGCAGCUCUUGCUGCCAUCGCCGCUGCCCCGCUUGGCCUGUGCUCUCCUACGCCUCUCCAUGAAGCCGGCCGAUGCGCCAUCCGUGGCCAUUGUGGCAAACAAGGCUUCUUCGGCUCUGAUCUACCCUGUCCUGACAACGGAAAAGCCGCGGCGCCUCCAGACAUUGUGCGCGAAAAGCUGGUCGGUUUAUGCGGAGUAAAAUGGCAAGAAACCGAUGUCUGUUGUGACGAGGACCAAGUGGACGCCCUCCAAAAGAAUCUAAAACUGGCCGAAAGGAUCAUCGCAUCGUGUCCGGCCUGCAAAGAGAAUUUCUUCAACAUAUUCUGCACAUUUACCUGCUCUCCCGAUCAAUCAUUAUUCGUCAAUGUCACCGACAUCGGCAAGGCCUCCAACGGCAACGACGUGGUCACAGAGCUGGAUAACAUAUGGUCGAAAGAAUACCAAAGUGGGUUCUAUGACAGCUGUAAAGAGGUAAAGAACGGUGCGAGUGGUGGCAAGGCAAUGAGUUUCAUCGGAGGCGGCGCAACCAACUACACAGAAUUUCUCAAGUUCUUGGGCGACAAGAAGUUGCUGGGAAGCCCUUUCCAGAUCAAUUUUCUCGAGGAGCCUCGCUCGGAAGACGGCCAGGGUAUGGAGGCUGCCGAUCCUCGUGUCUAUGCCUGCAACGAUACCAACCCCAAGUUUCGAUGCAGCUGCGUUGACUGCCCCGAGGUGUGCCCGACGUUGGAGCCAGUCAGUUCGGUUGAGUCCUGCCACAUCGGCAAGCUUCCAUGCCUCUCUUUCGCCGUCAUCAUCAUCUACUCGAUCUGCCUGCUGCUUCUUGUUGUGGCUAUUUCCGGUCAUGUGGCGUACCAAAGACACAAGAAGUGGAAGAGCGAGAGGCUCCAACUGCUCCAGGAUUCAGCCCCUAGCGACGACGAGGAUGAGGGCGAGCUCGUCAACAAUGCGGGAGUCCUCGAUCGCCCGCAGAGAAAUUAUUACCUCAACCAGGUAUUGGACCGGGGGUUUCAUGCCCUGGGCCGAUUCUGCGCGCGUUACCCGGCCCUGACCAUUGGUACAAAUAUUGUGUUGAUUGGACUGCUUAGUCUCGGGUGGCUGAGAUUUGAAGUCGAAAGGGAUCCGGUCCGACUGUGGGUCAGUCCGAACUCGGAUGCUGCGCAAGAGAAGGCCUUCUUCGACAAGAGUUUCGGUCCAUUUUACAGGACAGAGCAAGCGUUUCUCGUCAACGACUCGUCCCCUGACAGCUCGGUUUUGAACUACAAUAACCUCGAAUGGUGGUUUGACAUCGAACAGCGCAUUUCGCGGAUGAUGUCACCCGAGAACGGCGUCAAGCUUGACGACAUUUGUUUCAAACCAACGGGCUCUGCAUGUGUGGUGCAGUCUGUCAGCGGGUGGUUUGGUGCGGGCCUGAUGGAUGAUUGGAAAGAACAAAUCGAGCAUUGCGCAGCUCAUCCCGGUGACCAGAUGUGCCUCCCUGAGUUCAUGGAUCCUCUUCAACCGGGACGGGUCCUUGGGGGCUACGGUAGCAUUGACGACGUAGCCGAUGCAAAAGCAUUGAUCACAACAUGGGUUGUCAACAAUGAUCAGCCCGGCACUGAGGGAGAGGCGAGGGCAGAAGAGUGGGAGCGCGCCCUUAAGCACGAACUUCUUAUCUAUCAGGAAUCCGCCGAAGCGCGCGGGCUGCGGCUCUCCUUCAAUACCGAGAUCAGUCUGGAAGAAGAGCUCAACAAGUCGACCAACACAGAUGCGAAAAUUGUGGCCAUCAGCUACGUUGUCAUGUUCAUUUAUGCCUCGCUCUCCUUGGGCUCGACAACUCUGUCAUUGAGGUCACUUCUCAGCAACCCUGCAAAUGCUUUCGUCCAGUCCAAGUUCACGUUGGGUGUCGUGGGUAUUCUGAUCGUGCUGAUGUCUGUCUCUGGCUCGGUUGGCCUCUUUUCUGCGGCCGGAGUGAAAGUUACGCUCAUCAUCGCCGAAGUUAUUCCAUUCUUGGUCCUUGCCGUUGGCGUGGACAACAUCUUCCUGAUUGUCCACGAGUUUGAACGUGUCAAUGUCAGCCACCCAGAUGAAGAAAUUGACGUGCGUGUUGCAAAGGCCCUCGGAAGAAUGGGGCCCAGUAUUCUCCUGUCUGCAUCUACCGAGACGAUUGCCUUCGCCAUGGGCGCGUUUGUGGGGAUGCCUGCGGUUAAGAAUUUCGCGGCGUAUGCCGCAGGUGCUGUAUUCAUCAAUGCUGUGUUGCAGGUCACGAUGUUUGUGUCCGUCUUGGCCCUCAAUCAAAGACGAGUCGAGAGCCUUCGGGCAGACUGUUUUCCGUGUGUGACGGUCAGGGGAGCUAAUUCCACGGGAAUGCCUGGUGGCCAUUUCUUUGGCAGUGACGAGGAAGGCUGGUUGCAACGUUUCGUCCGCAAAGUAUAUGCACCAAGUUUGUUAGACAAGAAGGUCAAAACCCUCGUUGUUGCCUUCUUCGUAACCAUUUUCGCUGCCGGGAUUGCGCUCGUUCCGAAGGUGCAACUUGGACUCGACCAGCGCAUUGCAAUACCUGACGAUUCGUACAUGAUCCAGUAUUUCAACGACCUGUACGACUACUUUGGAUCUGGACCACCGGUAUAUUUUGUCACCCGACAUCUCAACGUGACGGCGAGAGAACAUCAACAAGAACUAUGCGGCAGGUUCACCACAUGCGACGAGUACUCGCUAGCGUACAUUCUUGAGCAAGAGUCGAAACGCCCUAACGUCAGUUAUAUCAAUGCUGCCACGGCAAGCUGGAUUGAUGACUUUUUCUAUUGGCUUAACCCCAUUUCGGACUGUUGCAAGAAUGACGAUGGGGAUACUUGCUUCGGCGAAGACGACUGGAACAUCACUCUCUCUGGGAUGCCUGAAGGGGAGGCAUUCGUCUAUUAUGCGAGGAAGUGGAUUCAUGCCCCUACCGAUGAAGAAUGUCCAAAUGGGGGACAAGCCGCCUACUCAAAUGCUGUGGUCAUCGACAAGAAUAAUACUGAUAUUCCGGCAAGUCAUUUCCGAACGUUCCAUACACCCUUACAAGGCCAGGACGACUUUAUCAACUCGUACGCAGCAGCCAGGCGGAUAGCAGAUGAUAUUUCUGCACGUCACAACAUCGAUGUAUUCCCUUACAGCAAACACUAUAUUUUCUUCGACCAGUAUAGCAGCAUCGUUCGUUUGACUGCGACGCUUCUAUGUGUGGCUAUUGCAAUUAUAUUUGUCAUUUCUUCUUCGUUACUGGGCUCUCUACUUACGGGGAUUGUUGUCGCCAUGACAGUCGUCAUGAUUGUGGUGGAUGUUAUUGGUGUCAUGGCGGUGGCUGGCGUGUCGCUCAAUGCGGUAUCAUUGGUAAACUUGGUUAUCUGUGUGGGCAUCGGAGUGGAGUUUUGUGCACACAUUGCUCGAGCGUUCAUGUUCCCCAGCAAGUCGAUCAUGGAGCGGGCAAGGCACAAGUUCCGAGCAAGGGACCUCCGAGCUUGGGCGGCGUUAGUUAAUGUGGGUGGGAGUGUCUUCAGCGGUAUCACAGUCACCAAGUUCGUCGGCGUGGCUGUGUUGGCAUUCACCAGGAGCAAGAUCUUUGAGGUCUAUUACUUUCGCAUCUGGCUGGCGCUCGUGAUCCUUGCGAGCACCCAUGCGUUGGUGUUUCUGCCAGUGGCUUUGAGUUUCUGUGGAGGUGACGGAUACAUUGAUCCCGAGAGUGAGGGAGGCCUCGAAGAGGACCUCGCUAGUCGACGAUAUCGAAGUCUGUUGCCGGAUGACGAUUACUACGACUCGGACGACGAAUAA